AUGCCGAACCUUCACUGCAGCUCAGCCUGCUGUAUGGACAGUGGAGGGUGGAGUCUUUGGGAAAAGAUAACUCCUAAGUUAAAGAGGUCUCACAUGCCCAGGAAGAUGGCGUGUGAGACAGAGCGAAACCCCCUGGGUGUGUUCAAGUGCCAGCUCUGUGCCUUAACAGCUCCAUACAGCUACAAGGGGCAGCAGCCCCCUGACAGCCAAUCUGUCAUCCUCCUGGAGGAGAGCUACGUGAUGCGGGACCCCUUCACCCCUGACAAGGGCAGGUUCCUGAUCGUCGGCUCGAGGUGCAGCGUGUGCAGCAAGCUGGUGUGUGUGGGCCCGGAAUGCAGUUUAUUCUACUCCAAGAGAUUUUGCCUCCCCUGUGUCCAGGACAACAUGAAUGCUUUCCCUCAGGAAAUCCAGCAAGACUUGGAGAAAAGGAAGGUCCCCUCCACGAGGCCUGCCAGCCAACGCAGUUCUCGACCAUGA